UCUUCAUAUCACCACUACACACAAAUCAAUACUAUUUUUCUUGUUGCUAAUAAAAAAGAAGAUGAAGUCUUUGCUUGCUUUGGCCCCUUUCUUUUUGCUUCUAUUGUUUUCAAUGAGUAUCGAUGGGAGAAAGGAUGUAGGAGAAUAUUGGAAAGAAGUAAUGAAGGAUCAAUCCAAGCAACAACUUCAAGCUCAUCAUUUUCGGACAACUAAAAGUAAUGUUGAACCGAGACUUGACCUUACGAUUUACCACGACGACGACAUACCGUGUAAUGAUCAUGAUAAUGUCUGUCUUAAAGCAAAGAAGUCACUAAAUGAUCUUGAUAUUUCAAUAUACCACAAUGAUAUCGGUCUCAAAGCAGAGAAAUCAGUAAACGAUCUUGAUAUUUCGAUAUACCACAAUGAUAUCGGUCUCAAAGCAGAGAAAUCAGUAAACGAUCUUGAUAUUUCGAUAUACCACAAUGAUAUCGGUCUCAAAGCAGAGAAAUCAGUAAACGAUCUCGAUAUUUCGAUAUACCACAAUGAUAUCGGUCUCAAAGCAGAGAAAUCAGUAAAUGAUCUCGAUAUUUCAAUAUACCACAAUGAUAUCGGUCUCAAAGCAGAGGAAUCAGUAAAUGAUCUCGAUAUUUCAAUAUACCACAAUGAUAUCGGUCUCAAAGCAGAGGAAUCAGUAAAUGAUCUCGAUAUUUCAAUAUACCACAAUGAUAUCGGUCUCAAAGCAGAGGAAUCAGUAAAUGAUCUCGAUAUUUCAAUAUACCACAAUGAUAUCGAUCUCAAAGCAGAGGAAUCAGUAAAUGAUCUCGAUAUUUCAAUUUACCACAAUGAUAUUGGUCUCAAAGCAGAGUGAUCACCUGACCUCACAAUGACAGUCAAUCAGCUGACCUCACAAUUUAUCAUGAGUGAUCUUAAAUCUAAGUCUGUUUCCCUCUAUAAUCUUUGUGUUCUAUGUUCAUUAUGAUCAUCUUAUGUAGUUCUGGAGAUGGUAUGUGUGGUUUAAUUAUGCCAGCUUGUUAAGGUGUGAUUUGUAACAAAGUUUAUAUGAAUAAAACUUUGGCUUAUAUUGA